AUGGUUGCCUCUGCUGUCCGGAUGCGCGUCCCCAGCGCUAUGUUGUCCAAAGGCGCUCUCUGUAUGAGGCGGCCUCAGGUUGUUCACAGAUUCAAGGAUGCUGUCCAACCUCAAUUGCCUGCCUUGGCCGCUCUUUCCCGCUUCUAUGCCUCCAAAUCCUUCCCCCCUCACACUAUCAUCAGCAUGCCUGCUUUGUCGCCGACCAUGUCCGCGGGUAAUAUCGGAGCCUGGCAGAAGAAGGCUGGCGACAGUCUGGUGCCCGGUGAUGUUUUGGUUGAGAUCGAGACUGAUAAGGCGCAAAUGGAUUUUGAGUUUCAAGAGGAGGGUGUCCUGGCCAAGGUCCUGAAGGAGACUGGUGAGAAGGAUGUGGCUGUUGGUGCUCCUAUCGCCGUUCUCGUGGAGGAGGGAACAGAUGUUUCCUCUUUUGAGAGUUUCUCCUUGGAGGAUGCCGGUGGCGAUAAGGGAGCUGCUCCUGCCAAGGAGACUAAGGAAGAGCCCAAGGCUGAUGCUGCUCCUGCAGCAACCCCGGAGCCCGCCCCUGAGGCCUAUGAGCCUGAGACAUCGGCGGACAAGCUGCAGCCCAGUCUUGACCGUGAGCCUAGCAUCAGCCCUGCUGCCAAGGCGUUGGCCUUGGAGAAGGGCGUUCCAGUCAAGGCUCUCAAGGGCACUGGCCGUGGUGGUCAGAUCACCAAGGAGGAUGUCGAGAAGUACAAGCCCAGCACUUCCGCCGCCGCCGCCGGACCUACAUACGAAGAUAUCCCUCUCACAUCCAUGCGCAAGACUAUUGCCUCGCGUCUGCAGCAGUCGGUGAGAGAGAACCCUCACUUCUUCGUUUCCACCACCUUGUCGGUCACCAAGCUCCUGAAGCUUCGUCAGGCCCUCAACGCCUCUUCCGAGGGCAAGUACAAGCUCUCCGUCAAUGACUUCCUUGUCAAGGCCUGCGCCGCUGCCCUCCUCAAGGUUCCUGCCGUCAACUCCAGCUGGCGUGAGGAGAACGGCCAGGUUGUCAUCCGCCAACAUAACGCUGUUGAUAUCAGUGUCGCUGUCGCUACCCCCUCCGGCCUGAUCACCCCUGUUGUGAAAGAUGUCCAGGGUCUUGGCCUUUCUAGCAUCUCCAACCAGAUCAAGGAUCUCGGUAAGCGCGCUCGCGAGAACAAGCUCAAGCCCGAAGAGUACCAGGGUGGCACUUUCACCAUCAGCAACAUGGGCAUGAACCCUGCUGUUGAGAGAUUCACCGCUGUUAUCAACCCUCCUCAGGCCGGUAUCCUGGCUGUUGGAACCACGCGCAAGGUUGCUGUUCCGGUUGAGACCGAGGAGGGCACGUCUGUUGAGUGGGAUGACCAGAUUGUUGUAACUGGCAGCUUUGACCACAAGGUUGUCGAUGGUGCUAUCGGUGCUGAGUGGAUCAAGGAGCUGAAGAAGGUUGUUGAGAACCCCUUGGAGCUUCUUCUCCGCGCUCCUAACCCAACCCGCACCUACCUGAACGAAACAGCAGAGAGCACCGCCUCCCUGGUUGACGUCGACUCCCCUCAUGUUGUCUCAGUAGACUCGGACUUCCUGAACCAGGAAGUGAAGACCACCACCCAGGCCGAGCGGUUGGAGCGGGAGGCUCGCGAGGAAGAGGAGCGGAAAGAGCGCGAGAGGGCCGUGGAGGCUGAGAAAGCGAAAGCCAAAGCCGCGCGUGCUGGUCACGUUGCGAAGCGCAACCCUGUCUUUGUUGGAAAUGCCAUCAUCUAUACGCUGGUCGGCGCAGCGCUCGGAUAUGGCGCAUACAGAAAGCAUCUCGAAGGCAGACUCUCAUGGAAGCUGGUUGGCGCCUGGUCUGGUGUUGUCGGGGCCUUUGGUGCAGUGGAUUACUUCGUUAGCAAUGAGGUCGCCUGCCACAAAUCGGUCCUUUCCCAUCCUAAUGAGAAUAUCUCUGCAAGCCAGAUCGCAGCUUCACUGGCAUCAUUAUCACGGACGAUCGAUGACUACUCGGCUCUGUCGAAGAAGGAACUGAUCCCCGCGAAACAAGAAAAGGCGUUUGAAAGAGUCAAGAAUUUCCGGGCAGAACUCGCGGACUACAGGACGCAUUUCGAUCGGUUGCGAAAAGAGCGCGAGGAGGCUCAAUCGGUCACAAAUCGUAAUGAGCUUCUUGGUCGACGACCACACCAUGCUGCUACCCCCGAAAAUCCCUAUGCUCAAUCGUCCCUCCCGCAGUCUUCUCCCUUCGCAAACGCCUCAUCGUCCCGCUCCGGUCUCAGCUUUGGUGCUUCGCCAGCCGAUUUCAAUCGUGAAACGCAUGCGCUCCGUGAACAGUCCUUUUUUGCCAAUACAAAUACGCAGUUGGAUGAAUUCCUUGACCGGGGUCGGGCCGUUCUUGCGGAUCUAGGACAGCAACGCGAGGUUCUCAAGGGUACUCAGCGUCGAUUAUACAGCGUUGCGAAUACCCUGGGGAUAAGUGGUGAUACUAUUCGGAGAGUCGAACGGAGAGCAAAGCAGGACAAGUGGAUAUUCUGGGGCGGUGUUCUGACCUUCUUCCUCUUUUGCUGGGCGGUGCUACACUUUUUGAGGUGA